GUAGCAUCAGGCACCGGCGAUGACGUCUCGUUAUCUGGCUUAGUCAGCGCUAUUCUGGGCUUCCCUUCUGCUAGUCUACUACUAUUUCUUGACGGUCGGACAAGAAGGAAGCAGCCACAUGGCCCCUUGAAUUGCGAUAUAUCCGUGUCUAGUUCCGGUGCUGAGAAGUGGAUCAUGUCGAUGAGGCUAUAUUUUCACCGCUCACUCACCCCAAUUGCAAGAGGAGACUCUUGAUUUCCACCUUUUGACCAUGGAGAUGGAACUUGAUAACGGCCGGGCGCCGACCGAGACGUCGCGCAAGGCAGAUCAUCUCUGCGUGUUGGUCCAUGGGCUAUGGGGCAAUCCCUCGCAUUUGGACUUCAUCGCCACCUCGCUGCGGGAUCGAUACAACGAGGAUCGCCUCCAUAUCCUCGUCGCCAAGCGCAAUUCCGGGAAUUACACCUACGACGGCAUUGAACUCGGUGGCGAACGUCUCGCACAUGAGGUCGAAGAGACUCUGGCAAACCUAGCUGAAGAGGGUCACAACAUUCGGAAACUGAGUUUUGUCGGCUAUUCGCUCGGAGGCCUGGUCGCUCGAUACGCCUUAGGGCUCCUCUACGCUCGGGGUUGGCUAGACAAAUUGGAGCCCGUCAACUUCACCACAUUCGUUUCGCCGCACGUCGGGGUACGUCUCCCACUGAAGGGGACCUGGGGCUUCUUGUGGAACAAUGUGGGGCCUCGGACGAUCUCCAUGUCGGGGAAGCAACUGUUCAUGAUCGACACCUUUCGAGACUCCGGGCGACCGCUGCUCAGUGUCUUGGCUGAUCCGGACAGCAUCUUCAUCAAGGCACUGAAGACCUUCAAACAUCGAUGUGUCUAUGCGAACAUUGUCAACGACCGGUCGACCAUCUUCUACACCACCGCCAUCUCGGCUAUCAACCCCUUCGAGGACCUGGAGAACGUACAGUUCGACUAUGUGGCGGGCUACGAGCCCGUCAUUAUCGAUGCCACCAAGCCCGUCGCGGUCGUCAAGCCGGAGCGUCCGUCGUUUCUAGAACAACUGCAGCGCCAGGUCAUCAGCUUCUUCACCAAUCUCCCCUUCCAAGCCCUCUUCACAGCCUUCGUCAUCAUCGGUGUGCCCUUGUUUCUCUUGAAUGCGGUUGUCCAGAAUUUCCGCAGUCAACGCCGCAUCCGCCGCCACGAGGCUGCACACUCGCGUAAGAUCUUCGACCGCUAUCGCGUCCCCGUCAUAGUCGAGGAAGUCCAGCAAGUGGUCGAAGAGGUCUUCGAGAGCGCCGGCGCUCGACAGAAGCCCGACCAUUUGUCCUCUGCUACCACUACCACCACGAGAGCAGCAUCUGACACACCCAAAAGACAUCGGGGAGGAGCAACAACAAGCUCAUCCGCGACCGACCUGGAAAGCAAGCUCGAGGAAGACGACAUCGAGCCCCUCCUCCGCCGCAGCAGUACAGCGUCCAGUUUUGGCAGCGAGAAAUUCCCCACUCUGGCCCUGACCCCGGCGCAAUUUUCCAUCAUCGAUUCUCUGAACUCGGUGGGCUUCCACAAGUUUCCGGUCUGGAUCCAUAACCACCGGCAUAGUCAUGCCGCUAUCAUCAUCCGAGUACAGAAAAGGGGAUUCGAUGAAGGCAAGGUGGUCGUGAAGCAUUGGUUGGAUCAGGAAUUCGAGAUUUAGACCUUGCUGCUACUAGAGUAUCUGGUGAGGUACGGCAAUAAGAGAAGCGCGCCCUUAGUAGCCCUUGCUACUUUAUUCUUAUCUUGUUGUAUCAACGUACAAACGCAACACCUGCAGCUGUUCUUUCAUUCUAGCGUUGGUUAUUGGGUGCAUGUAGGGGAAGUUAGACAGAGUAGAAGACAGACUAUACAGUUCAUGCUAUUUCUUC